GUGUGUGUGUGUGUGCACGCACGCUUGUUAACCUGUUUUUCGACUGAGAAACUCCAGGACUGCACGGCUGUCAACCACUGCCUCAGUGCCUCUCUCAGUCUGCUGGGUGAUACCUCCUUUUUCUAACAAGUGUGGAUGAAUAAAGUCUCCACCCUGUGACUGACCCUUUAAGAAAAUUGCUCAUGCAGUAAUUAUCCAAUAGGAGUCUUGUACCUGUUUGCUUAUUUAAAUCCAGGUGACAACAUAAGUUUUUAUCCUGGCAUUGUAAUUGAAAGGGACUGAGCAGGUGUAACUUGAUUUGAAUGGAUUUACACACAUGCAAAGAAACAUGAUCACCUUACGCUGAAAGGUUAAUGAAGCUAACCCACUACAGAAUGUGGUCUAGCUGAUGGCAUCUCUCUGCUUCUACCUGAAACAGCCAAGAUCCAGGUAGAACAGGUUAACCAAAUAUGCAUGCCCACAGCAAAAUGGCUUUGUUUGCCCUUUAAAUACACACCGCAUGCAGGAGGGCUGGAAAACGAGAAAGAGCAGCUGCUGAAAAAGUUGGAGAAGGCAGAAAUUAAAAAAAGGUUUGACCUCAACUGUGAGCUCAAGGGAACCAAGUUCCCAAAUGGAUUAUGUACUAUAUUUGUAUUAAAACACAACCCAGUGCUUCAAAUCUAAUGUAUGCUAAUGUAUGCAUAUCCAAACCGGGUCUUUGACUCUGCUUCUCCUCGGUCCAGUCAGACCAGCCACGGUUUCCUGUUGUUGAAGAGAAACAGAAAUGCACAAUCAUCAGAAUCUCUGACUCAGUUGCGUUAUCAUCCCGCAGCCUCUCUCCCUCCCUGACUGGAAUGAAGUCGUGUGCCUUUAAAAGGUUGAGCUCGCCGGUCUGGAUCGGGUCUUGGCUCAGCUUAGAGGUUCUCUCCGGCAGUGACAUGGCAGAACGAGUGUGUGCGCUCUCAGCUGCAGCAUCCUCCCCACCAUCCUCCUCGUAGACCAUGGUGGCUCUCCCGCGGUGCCGCUCGCGCGGGACGGCGCUGCUGGUGCCCGGUUGGAUCCUGCUGAUCUUGGUGUCCGGACUGAAGGCGGAGAACGGAGGAAUGGAAGAACUUGUCACCGAGAAGGAGGCAGAGGAAAGUCACCGACAGGACAGCGUCAAUCUGCUGACAUUCAUCUUCCUGCUGACGCUGACCAUCCUCACCAUCUGGCUCUUCAAGCACAGACGGGUUCGCUUCCUCCACGAAACCGGACUGGCGAUGAUUUACGGUUUGUUAGUUGGUGUUAUUCUGCGUUAUGGUAUUCCUGCCACCAGCUAUCACAAUAAGACGCCCCUGAGCUGCUCCAUGAAGGAGGGACCUUCCAGCACCCUGCUGCUUAACGUCAGCGGCAAGUUCUUUGAGUACACCCUCAAAGGAGAGAUCAACUCCAGGGAGAUCCACAAUGUGGAGCAGAAUGAUAUGUUGCGCAAGGUGACCUUUGACCCUGAGGUCUUCUUCAACAUAUUACUCCCUCCCAUUAUUUUCCACGCUGGCUACAGCCUGAAGAAGAGACACUUUUUUAGGAACCUGGGCUCCAUAAUAACCUACGCCUUUCUUGGCACAGCCAUCUCCUGCUUUUUUAUUGGGAAUCUGAUGUACGGUGUGGUGAAGCUGAUGCAGGUGGUCGGACAGCUGACGGACAAGUUCUACUACACAGACUGUCUGUUUUUUGGUGCCAUCAUCUCCGCCACAGACCCAGUGACCGUGCUGGCCAUCUUUAACGAGCUCCAUGCUGAUGGAGAUCUCUACGCUCUGCUGUUUGGAGAGAGUGUUAUGAAUGACGCCGUGGCCAUUGUGCUUUCCUCGUCUAUUGUGGCCUACCAGCCCUCUGGUGCAAACACACACAAGUUUGAUGCCUCCGCCUUUUUCAAGUCUGUGGGGGUCUUCCUGGGUAUUUUCAGCGGCUCCUUCCUGAUGGGUGCCGCUACAGGAUUCGUCACCGCUCUCAUAUCCAAGUUUACUAAGCUGCAUUGCUUCCCUCUGCUGGAGACGGCUCUCUUCUUCCUCAUGUCCUGGAGCACCUUCCUGCUUGCUGAGGCCUGCGGGUUCACAGGUGUCGUGGCUGUGCUGUUCUGUGGGAUUACACAGGCUCACUACACCUUCAACAACCUCUCAGAGGAGUCCACAAAGCGCACCAAGCAGCUCUUUGAGGUUCUUCACUUCCUGGCUGAGAAUUUCAUCUUUUCUUACAUGGGCCUCGCACUUUUUACCUUCCAGAACCACAUAUUCAGCCCCAUCUUCAUCAUCGGAGCCUUCGUGGCCAUAUUCAUCGGUAGAGCGCUCAACAUUUACCCACUCUCCUUUCUUCUCAACCUCGGCCGAAGAGACAAGAUCAGAGGGAACUUUCAGCACAUGAUGAUGUUUGCAGGGCUGCGCGGGGCGAUGGCGUUUGCCUUGGCGAUACGGGACACCGCUACCUACGCUCGCCAGAUGAUGUUCACCACCACUCUCCUCAUCGUCUUUUUUACUGUUUGGGUCUUUGGCGGGGGAACCACGCCCAUGCUGUCCUGGCUACACAUCAGGGUUGGUGUGGAUCCAGAUCAAGACCUGCAGUCCUCUGGAGACAGUUUUCAGGUCUUGCAGGGCGAUGGCGCUCAGGAUGAGGGACAAAGCAAAACCAAACAGGAGAGUGCACGGCUCUUUAGACUGUGGUACAGCUUCGACCACAAUUACCUGAAGCCCAUCUUGACCCACAGCGGUCCACCGCUCACCUCCACCCUGCCCAGCUACUGCGGGCCACUGGCCAGCUGUCUCACCAGUCCGCGGAACCACGAGCAGCUCCGGGACUCUGACCUGAUCCACACCGACGCUGACCUGACUUUCAUGUUUGGCGAUGCGACCAUCACAGCCAACGGGGCGUCCGCUGGCAAGACGGAUGCUGCUGGAGGGUUGGGCUGGAGUGCAAAUGGGAAAAGGAGCAGCAGCACAUCGGAGGAGGAGCUGGAGCGUGAGCUAGACUCCCGCGAGCAAGAGCUGCUGAGCAGAGGCACACGCCUGGUUUUCCCCAUUGAGGAAAACGCCUGACGCUGCCUUCCCCCUCCCUUCCCCUUCCCCCGCCUGAACUGCCGUCCUUCCUGGCCUGACCCAUAGACCGUCUCACAGUCAGCUCUCUCCACUUCCAUGUUGGCCGAAAGCCCAAACCGUCAAAGAUGAGACCGACUGGAGAUACGGUGGUGGACGGGAGGGAAGAGCUCACAGUGACUAUUGGCUCCCUUGAUCCCUGGGAGGGAGGCAGAGCUCCAGGAGCAUUUUGUUCUCGUUGGAGGAGUUUAUUCUGAAGGAACUCAAGAGUGUCGAGAGGGAAAACACUGAGGCUGUUUCACAGAUUGCCUCCACUGCCGAGCCAGAGAUGCAAGCAGGAUGUGAGGAUUUGGUUAAAGAUGCAAGAAUCUCUGCAUCAGUGAACAAAACCACUUCAGCUAACAAGGACGAGUCCCAUCAUGUGAUGUUUCCAGCUUGUUCUCACCAUUCACUUGCCAACGUUGUCCAAAUGCUUUAACUAUUCUUCAGACGUGUGUGUGUGUGUGAAAUGUACGUGAAGCUGCUAAAAGACCCGUUCUGGGUGUGUGAGGCAGAUGUGGGGGUACUUCUGUAUGUGUGGAUGCUCUGAUGCUGCUGAGGGGAGUUAGCCUUUGGCUGAGCUGUGUGUGUCAGCGUGUUCCUCUUACAGAAACUAUUCAGUCAUGCUGUGUUUGAGUUGGCCCUGAUCAUUUUCUGUUGGACUGCUUUUGACAACACACACAGGAAUGUCGCCUCUUUAAAUUCUACUUCCCAAAUGAGGACAUGCACUCAAGUAUAAAACAAUCUGCACUGUGAAAUAAAGAACGGGCAUUCGUAGCA